AUGAAACCCAGAUGCCGCCAAAUGGACAUGAAUAGUUGCAUUAAGGGAUCAGUAGCAUUAACAAAGGUUGCUUUAAAAAGCCAUUAUGUGAAACAAGACUUGAAAAUUGGCGAGGGAAUCUUAGCGGCGCUGUCUGAGCAAUGGUGGGAGCACCCUCCCCGUGUCCCCCCCUUUGAACUCACGGCCGAGUGCCCUGCGCCCCGAGGAUGUGGACUUGACCGUGGAACUUUAUGUGCCAAAACUCUCAGUGACUCUAGCUUUCUCCCUCUUUUUCGAUGCUGUAAUUUCCGUUCACCAUGUUUGGCUGUGAUGUUACAUAGGUAG